AUGAAGGUUCUGAAUCGCGCCGGGCUUGGUCAUCGCGCGCGUGAGCUCGGUUUGCUGCCCGAUAGGGUGGCAUGGCGCAAGCCAGACGGGACAUCAAUCGCCAGUCUCAGCAACAAGAUCCAUGGGGACGAUCCAGAUCGGCUGCUUGCACUGCCCUUGUGCGAUCUGGCGCAGCUCAUAUACGACGAAUCGAAGGAUCUGCCAACAGUCACUUACCUUUUUGAUCAUCGUGUGACGGGCAUUGGGCAGGAUGAGAAGAGGGCCUGGGUUGAUGUAGAGAACUGCAGAACCGAGGAAACUCGGGAACUAUUCGCCGAGUACAUUGUCGGAUGCGACGGAGCUAAUAGCAUUGUUCGGCGGCGUUUAUUUGGGGACACGAAUUUUCCAGGUAAAACAUGGGACGAGCAGAUUGUGGCGACAAAUGUAUACUACGACUUUGAUCAGUUCGGAUACACCGACUCAAACUUCAUUUUGGAUGCAGAAGACUGGUUCAUGGCGGCGAAAAUCACCAAAGACGGUUUGUGGCGCGUGACAUACGGAGACGUCUCCGGGCUGUCGACGGAGGAAGUCAUCGCCCGGCAACCCGAAAGGUUCAAGAAGAUACUCCCAGGGCAGCCUGAGCCCAACCAGUACAAGCUCGUUAGCAUUGGGCCGUACAAAGUCCAUCAACGCUGCGCCGAGAAAAUGCGUGUCGGCCGGUUCCUGCUUGCUGAAGACGCAGCGCAUCUUUGUAACCCGUUUGGGGGCCUCGGCCUGACCGGCGGCAUCGUCGAUAUCGGAGGGCUCUAUGAAUGCCUCUCUGGAGUCCUUACUGGCAAGGCGGACGAAAGCAUCCUGGACGUCUACGACGACGUACGCCGCCAAAAGUACAGAGAGAUAAUCGACCCCGUAUCCAGCGAUAACUUCCGACGAAUGUUUGCAGUGCCUGGUGACAAGGUACUUGAGACCGAUGAGUUCCUAAGGCUGUGCAAAGAGGCCGAAUCAGAUCAGGAGAAAGCGAGGGAGAUGACCAAGGGCGCUCAAGCACUGGGCUAUGACUUUACGCAGCACUACAACACGAAGACCAACGGCGUCAACGCCCACAUUAGUCCUCAUUGA